UUCCCCACUUUAUUUUCAAAAGAACGUGGUCCCGCAUCAGGCGUAACCCGCGCUGUGAAGCUCCCACCAUUUCAUUCAAGUUCCAAAUCCAACUUUCUCGCGGGAAAAUUUCGAAUCCAACACAUUUGAGAGGGAACCAUCAUUAUUUGGUAAAAACAAAUCAAAAACCCAAACAACUAUCACCCUAUACUCAUCCUAUUUAUACACUUGUGCCUGCGUCGAAACUGUUCGACGAAAUUCUCCACUGACAAACACAAAAAACAGAGUAGAAGAAAUGUAUGUGGUGAAGAGAGACGGGAGGCAAGAGGCUGUGCAUUUUGAUAAGAUCACCGCUCGCCUCAAGAAACUGAGUUACGGUUUAAGCACAGAACACUGCGACCCCGUUCUGGUGUCUCAGAAAGUGUGCGCUGGUGUCUACAAAGGCGUCACGACCAGUCAGCUCGAUGAGUUGGCUGCGGAAACCGCUGCUGCCUUGACUGCUAACCACCCUGAUUAUGCUUCUUUGGCUGCGAGGAUUGCCGUUUCUAAUCUGCACAAGAACACGAAGAAGUCAUUUUCUGAAACGAUUAAAAUCAUGCGUAAUCAUUUUAGUGAAAGAUCUGGAAUGAAGGCUCCUCUGAUUGCUGAUGACAUCUAUGAAAUUAUUAUCAAGAAUGCUGCUCGAUUGGACAGUGAAAUAAUCUAUGAUAGGGACUUUGACUAUGAUUAUUUUGGUUUCAAAACCCUUGAGAGGUCCUACCUCUUAAAGGUUCAAGGCAAGGUUGUGGAAAGACCACAACACAUGUUGAUGAGGGUUGCUGUUGGAAUUCAUAAGGAAGACAUUGAUUCUGCUGUCAAAACUUACCACCUGAUGUCUCAACGGUGGUUCACUCAUGCAUCUCCAACUCUUUUCAACGCGGGAACACCUAGACCACAGUUGAGUAGUUGCUUCCUUGUGUGCAUGAAAGAUGAUAGUAUAGAAGGAAUAUAUGACACUUUGAAGGAGUGUGCUAUCAUUAGCAAAUCAGCCGGUGGAAUUGGUGUUUCUGUUCACAAUAUUCGUGCCACAGGCAGUUACAUCCGUGGCACAAAUGGGACAUCAAAUGGUAUUGUUCCAAUGCUGCGUGUGUUCAAUGAUACUGCUCGUUACGUGGAUCAAGGGGGAGGCAAAAGGAAAGGUGCAUUUGCUGUGUACCUGGAGCCAUGGCAUGCUGAUGUAUUUGAAUUCUUGGAUUUAAGGAAAAAUCAUGGAAAGGAAGAGCAUCGUGCUAGAGAUUUGUUUUAUGCUCUUUGGGUGCCUGAUCUCUUUAUGGAAAGAGUUCAGAGCAAUGGGCAAUGGUCUUUGUUUUGCCCCAAUGAAUCUCCAGGUUUGGCUGAUUGUUGGGGUGAAGAAUUUGAGAAACUCUACACUCAGUACGAAAGAGAAGGAAAAGCAAAGAAGGUUGUUCAGGCACAGAGCCUCUGGUUUGAAAUUUUGAAGUCCCAAAUUGAAACUGGAACCCCUUAUAUGCUUUUUAAGGACACUUGCAACAGGAAAAGCAAUCAACAGAAUCUGGGAACAAUCAAGUCAUCAAACUUGUGCACUGAGAUAAUUGAGUAUACAAGUCCAACGGAAACUGCUGUGUGCAAUUUGGCAUCAAUUGCUCUACCACGAUAUGUAAGAGAGAAGGGUGUGCCCAUGGAAUCUCAUCCAUCUAAGCUUGUUGGGAGCAGGGGCUCAAAGAACCGAUACUUUGACUUUGACAAAUUGGGCGAGGUUACUGCAACGGUGACAACAAACCUUAAUAAAAUAAUCGAUGUUAAUUACUACCCAAUUGAGAAUGCUAGAAGAUCAAACUUACGACACAGACCCAUUGGAAUUGGAGUUCAAGGUCUUGCUGAUACUUUCAUACUACUUGGCAUGGCAUUUGAUUCACCAGAGGCUCAACAGUUAAACAAGGAUAUAUUUGAGACAAUAUACUAUCACGCACUAAAAACUUCUUGUGAAUUGGCUGCAAAAGAGGGUCCCUAUGAAACAUAUAGUGGGAGUCCGAUGAGCAAGGGAAUUCUUCAGCCAGACAUGUGGGGUGUGAUACCCUCAAGUCGUUGGAAUUGGGAUGAACUUCGGGAAGUGAUAUCUAAGACGGGUGUGAGAAAUUCACUUCUUGUUGCCCCUAUGCCAACUGCAUCCACUAGCCAGAUUCUUGGCAAUAAUGAGUGUUUUGAGCCAUAUACUUCUAAUAUCUACAGUCGCAGAGUUCUAAGUGGUGAGUUUGUUGUAGUGAACAAGCAUUUACUUCAUGACUUGACUGAAAUGGGACUUUGGUCUCCUACAAUCAAGAAUAAGAUAAUCUAUGAGGACGGUUCAGUUCAGAAAAUUCCAGAAAUAACUGAUGACCUAAAAGUCAUAUACAAGACUGUUUGGGAGAUAAAGCAAAAGACAUUGGUUGAUAUGGCUGUUGAUAGAGGAUGUUACAUAGAUCAAAGCCAAAGCUUAAAUAUUCAUAUGGAUCAACCCAACUUUGGAAAGUUGACUUCUUUGCAUUUCUAUGCCUGGUCAAAGGGUUUGAAGACUGGGAUGUAUUAUCUGCGAUCACGUGCAGCAGCUGAUGCUAUCAAGUUCACAGUUGAUACCUCUCUGCUCAAAGAAAAACCUACAGUUGAGGAAGAGGAUGAUAAUACCAAGAUGGCGCAGAUGGUGUGCUCUCUAACAAACAGAGAAGAGUGCUUGGCUUGUGGAAGUUAAGGGCAUUCAAACUUAAAGUUGCAUUCUUACUGAUUAAUUUUGUGCAAGCCUCAACAAGUUAUUCUGAAAGAGCAUUACUAGCAGCGCAGGCUUUGGCAUUUGUGAUACAAGGUCGAAUCCAUACAUGACUAUCUCAAUCAUUCUAAAUUAUCUUUACUUUGUAUAGUAGUUGUGAUGUUAAGUUUCAUUUGUAUUAUAUGUUAAAUAGUUGAAGAAUGUUAGGAUAGUGGGAUGUCUUUCUAUAUUUAGAUUAGAUUCGUCAUCGAAUAGAUUAAGUUAAUGUUGGUUCAAUGUUUAAUGAUUGAAUUAAAA